AUAAAAUAAUAAUACAAUGAUUAAGCCUUCUAUCUAUACUUUGUAAAUUUAUCUGAUCCACAACUGUUGACUCACAAACUUUUUAAUUCUAUCGGAGAUAAUUUCAUAUUCGAGUUAUUUAAUACAUAAUACAUAUAUAUUUCUGAUGAGUUAUAAGUUAACAUUAUUAUAUGUAUAAGAUCUUGGUAUAGUUUAUAAUGUUAAAAGGAAAUCAAUGAAUUUAUAGUCAUGGAGUGUGAUUAAUGUUUAAACAAUUUCAGAUGAAUAAUGGAGAAUACCAAUUAUUAUCCUAUACCACCUCCCAGAACUACCAAAUCAAAUGAAUGUUUAAAAAAAAAACCAGUUCCAUUACCACGAAAGAAUGUUAAUAAUAGCAAAUUAAAUAGUUAUAGAGACAGUUCAUAUUCAAUAAUCAAAGAAGAAGUUAAUAGUUUGUAUAGAAAACAUAUUAAACCUGAAAUAAAAAUGUCUUCAGAUAAUGUUCAAGAUAGAAAAAAAGCAGUUAUUGAAAAUACUAAAAAUGUCGGUAUUCGUAUUGAGAAAUCAUUUCGAAGUUUGUUACCAAAACCUGCUCGGCGUCAUACAAUAAGCCAAACAUUUGAAGAAUACAAAUCAGAUAUUGUGAGUGAAUCUUCAGUUGAAGAUAAUGAUAUAUUUUCUUCUAUUAGUUUUGAUUCACCUAUACCAUUAGAUAGUAGCUCAGAACGUUCAUUUAGUAUUUAUAAUGCAGAAUCUGAUAUUUAUGGAUCUCAGCCACCAAAUUUCCCCCCUCCUCCUUUACCUAAAGAUUUAUUGUAUGAUCAAGUACUAACAUCUAGCAAUUCUAGCAGUCAAUGUGGUUCUUAUACAAAUGAAAAUAUAUACGAACUAAUUUCAAUUAGUCAAGCUAAAUCAUCUAAAAAUAUGCCAUAUGAAAACUGGAAUUAUGUCAAUAAAUUCCAAACAUUAAGUACAGAUGAUUUAAGCAGUAAUGAUGCUGAAUUUACUUGCAAAAAAUCAGAUAAAAACUCAAAGGAAUUAUCUUCAGAAAACAUAUCAAACAUAGAAAAUAAUAACUAUGAUAAUAAUAUUGUUAUGUUCGAAUUUGAUCCUUUACACGAUGGUAAUGAUUCAGUUUCUAAAAUUAAAAUUGAAAAUGAAGACUGUGUAUUGUUAAAAGAAAUUGAUGAAAUAUUAUAUUCUUCUAACCAAUAUUCCAUUGAUGACAAAAGUUUAAGUGAUUAUGAAUUAAACAAUUUUGUUGAUGAUUUAAAUACAAUACCAGAACCUCCAGAACGUGUAGACUCUAUUGUAGACUGUGGUAGCUCUAAAUUGAAAGAAAACUAUGAAGUAAAUCCAAAUACUAUAGAAACUGCGUUUAAGACUGAAUUACAAGAAGAGCCAAUCUAUGAAAAAUCAAGAAAAAACUCAAUAAAAAAUUGGCUUAAUAUGAAACAUACUGUUAAGAAAGUAACUGAAGGAUCAUCUGAUUCUGUACGCAAAAUACGUCUGAAGUUAAAACCUAUAGAAGUUAAUAAAAAGGAAGAAUCUGUUGUUAUUCAAUCUAAUAUUUUUCAUAAUGGCACAUUAUUUAUAUGCUUAAAUGAAAAAUCAAAAGAUUUACAAAAAAAUUGGUGUCAAAUUGCAGGGAAUUACUUAAAAUAUUCAAAAAAUAAAGGUCAAAUUGAAAAUUCAAUUUUGUUAACUACCAUUUCAAGUAUUCAAAUUAUAAAUGAAAUAAAACAAAGUGAUUUGGAAAACAUAUAUUGUUUUAAAAUUAAUUUCUUGCCUCGAGUUCGUUCAGUUACGUUUGGUGCAUUAUCUACAACAGAAAGACGAGUUUGGAUGCAAAAGUUUUUAGAAACUGUAACUUGCUUUUUUCCAUCAAUAAUGUCUUCUGAAUUUAGCCGUGCUGGCCGAACUACUUUAAAAGAAGGUAUUAAUAGUGAAUGGAUUCAGUCAUGGAUUUUAUUGCAUAAUAGAAACCUUAUUUAUAUCAACAACAAUAAUGAGCCAGAGUUAGUUGAUCUGAGAAAAGUCAGAAACGUAGUUGCAAAUGUAGAUAAUGACUUACAAUCUACUGUAUUGUUCUUGGAUUAUGUAACAAAAUCAAUUUAUAUGUGUUUUGAAGGAGAGUUAGAAGUUAUAAUGUGGCAACAAACUAUAAAAGCAGAGACAGUUAAUACUACUCCUCAUUUAAUAGACCAGCAACUUAACAAAGAUCAAGUUCCUGUAAUAGUAGACAAAUGUGUUAAUUUUAUUUAUACUCAUGGCUGUUUAUCAGAGGGUGUUUAUAGAAGAAGUGGAUCAUGUUCAAAUGCUACUAAGCUCUUAUCAGAAUUUAGAAAAGAUGCUUGGGCUGUUCAAUUAAGUCAUCAAGAAUAUUCAGAAUAUGAUGUAGCAAGUGUAUUAAAGCGAUUCUUUAGAGAUUUACCAGAACCUUUACUUACAACAGAACUUCACACACAUUUUUGUAAUGCAGUAAGAUUAAACUGUGAAGAAAGUGAAAAAGUUAUACUUUAUAGAAGUUUAUUGGAACGUUUAGCACCCAUAAAUUAUGUUACUACUCGAAAACUGAUGGGCCAUUUGUAUUAUAUUCAACAACAAAGUGAUAAAAACUUAAUGACUGUACAAAAUUUAGCUUCAAUAUGGGGUCCAACUUUGAUGCACUUGGAAAAUAAUGACUCGCAGAACUGGUCAAAAACUGAAUCAGAAGUUGUGAAUGACUUGAUUUUGCUUUAUCCCAAAUUGUUUCAUGUAGAGGAUGAUGAAAUUAAACGAGAAGAUAGAAUUUUAGAAGCAUUAAAAUAUUACCACUUAGCAAGUGGAAAUACAAUUAAACCCUCAAAACCUUCUGGUGAUCUAAAAAUAUGGAUUUAUCUUGGUUCUAAAGAUGGUGGAAAUUGUGUUAAUGUUACUUUGAAUCCCAGUAAAACAGCUGAAAUGGUAUGUAAAGAGUUAGCUAAUAAAAUGGGUGUAUGUGCAGGAUACUUGCUAGGGUUACAAGAAGUAGUUUGUAAUGGAUCAUUGAUUCGUCCAAUACACCAUUCAGAAUUUUUAUUGGACAUAGUAUUACGUUGGGCUUAUUGGGAUAUAAAAUAUAGACGAGACAAUUAUAUAAUUUGUCUUCAACCUAAUUCAUUACUUAUUGAAAUUAUGCCAUUUACAAAAGAACCUGUAACAAUUUCAUCAGAGUUAAAAUUUGCUGAUCAAAAAAAUAGAUCAUUUAAAUCCUAUUUGUUUGAAAUAAAUGAGGGAAAAUUACUGUGUUAUAAAGACAAAUCUGGUUCUUCUAUUUUGUAUGAGUGGAAUAUUAAAAGUUUAAUUUGGUAUAUUGGUUUUGUACCCAAAAGAAAUCCCCAUACAAGGUGGUGUAUUACAUUUAUAUUAAAAGAUGACCCUACUACUAUUUCAAGGGAAAAUUUUGGUUUUUCAAUUGCUGGUACUACAAAAGAAGAUCAUCUUCGAUGGAUGGCAGCAUUACUUAUUGCCGAAUAUGGAGUUAAUAAUGUGUCACCACCAGUUUCCAUUAAUCUUCUUGAUUGUUGAAGAAUUCAAUGUUUAUGAA